CAAAGCUUUAAUUUGUUAUUUUACUUAACAUUUUCUGCACACUAUAUUACCACAAGUAUUGGGACACCCUCCAAAUCAUUGGAUUCAGGUGUUCCAAUCACUUCCAUGGCGAAUAAAAUCAAGCACCCAGGCAUGCAGACUGCUUCUACAAACAUUUGUGAAAGAAUGGGUCGCUCUCAGGAGCUCAGUAAAUUCAAGCAUCAUACCAUGACAGGUUUCCACCUGUGCAAUAAGUCCAUUCGUGAAAUUUCCUUGCUACUAAAUAUUCCACGGUCAACUGUUAGUGGUAGUGUAACAAUGUGAAAGCAACUGGGAACAACAGCAACUUAUCCACGAAUUGGUAGGCCACGUAAAAUGAGAGUGGAGUCAGCACAUGCUGAAGUGCACAGUACGCAGAAGUCGCCAACUGUCUGCAGAGUCAAUA